CAUCUCUUGUGAACUCAUGCCCAUCACUCACUUACUGUCUCUCUAUUUCGCAGAGGAACCCAAAACCAAAAGCCUUCCUUAGAUAUUAUUGCUACGCGUUCGUUCUUAUCUCCUUUCUCAACAGUAAUCAAAACCUUAUAUCCUUUUUGGUGGAUCAAGGAAAGUGAAAUAAUGGGUGCUCUUGAUCAUUUUUCUCAUCUCUUCGACUGCUCUCAUGGAAGUUCAAAGCUCAAGAAGCGCAAGCAAUUGCAGACGGUGGAGAUCAAAGUUAGAAUCGACUGCGAAGGAUGCGAGCGCAAGGUGAAACGAGCAGUGGAAGGAAUGAAAGGCGUGAAACAAGUGGACGUGGAGCGCAAAGCAAACAAGCUGACAGUCGUUGGAUAUGUGGACCCAUCUAAGGUGGUGGCCCGCGUGGCUCAUCGGACGGGCAAAAAGGCUGAACUAUGGCCAUACGUCCCUUAUGACGUGGUGGCCCAUCCUUAUGCCCCUGGGGUCUACGACAAGAAGGCCCCAGCUGGGUACGUGAGAAGGGCUGAGGACCCACAAGUGUCUCAACUGGCACGUGCGAGCUCCACUGAAGUCCGAUAUACCACUGCUUUUAGUGAUGAGAAUCCACAAGCAUGCUCUAUUAUGUGAGUUGUGAUAGGGUAAAAAUUAUUAGGUGUUGUUAACUUGGAAUUUAGUUUGUUUGUGCAA